AUGGAGCCACUGGAAAACAUGCUAGAGAUCAUCACUUGUGCCAUUCUCAUUUUUCUGAGUGUUGUGGGGAAUACUUGUUUAUUUUUUUCAACAAGGAGAUGUAUCAGUGGACCUUUACAGCCAUCCUUCCUGCUUAUUUUCAGUCUUAUAUUUGUUCACCUCCUGAAAAACUUGGUUGUGAAUGUCAUGAAAAUUGUUUAUUCCUCUGGUGGCGUGUUGGAUUCAGUCAGCUGCAGAAUUCUCCGAUUCACAGAGACUCUGACUACUGAGCUUGCUAUCUGGUUCAUGUUACAUUUUGCUGUGCUUUACUGUCACAAGCUGUACCAAAUUGUCCAUCCCUCAAGUGAGACUCCAAACCCGAACCAUCAGAAGAGGCAUUUAAAGGUAGUUUCCAUCCUUUGGAUCACUGGAGUUGGAAUUUGUGUUCCAAUUUUACCCUUCACUGAAAAGCCACAACAUCUGAAUGCAGCAAAUGGCACAGAGUUGCUGAAUACCAAGGGGCUUAACAUGGAUUGCGAGAUUGAUUUUGGAAACCAACAGGUAGAAUAUUACUAUGAGAAAAUAGUUUUAGUCCUUAUCGAUCUUCUUCCUUUGACCAUCUUAGUUUUUGUUUGUUUUUGGAUUGUUUUCCUGCUUUGGGAGCAAAGGAAACUAACCUAUGGUGACAUUUGGGUGGGAGAGGAUGCUUCAGAGAUUGAAAUCUUUCGAGGAGCUAAAGUCAGUAUUUUGUUGACAUUACUGAUUACCUCUCUGUGGAUUUCCCACUUUGUUUUUAUUUGUUUCUUUAAAAACUUGGAAUCCCGUCCCUUUACUCCAGCUUUGCUCACAGCUCUGUCUUCAGGUUUUUCUGCUGUUAGUCCAUAUGUUCUUAUGUUGGUUAAUUACAAAGUGAAGCUGGAGGCCUUCUGCUGUAGGAAAACAGAAAAAUCUACUACACAACCUACAGAUGUUCUUUCCUGUCCAUAUGUGUAA